CCUUCCCUGAAUAUUCUUGGUCGUGUUUUGUUCUUGCUGUUGGUGCCAUUGAUGAAUCUCUUUCACCAGCGUUGAUAGGCCAAAUCCACCAGCCGGAAAAGGACUCCCCCAGUCUCCAUAAUCCCAAUUCCCAUCUCCAUCGCCACCAACUGGCAACAACAACAUCAACUGCUUCGACUAAUCAAACGAUUUCCUCCAUUGUUGCCCGCAGUGAAGCAGACGUCUCUACCGCUUCCGCCAUAUUUUUUUACAUUGUUAAUUCAACAAACAAUCUUCCUGUUUCUUCAAGAAAACUCUGCCCCUCUUUCUCUAUCUCUCACCAGAUCUCUCUCUCUCUCUACAUCUAUCCUGCCGUUCUGGUCGUUUGUAUAUCUUUACGAUGAAGAUGCCGUUUAAUAGAUCACUCUUUCCCUCUAUCGCUUGACCCUCGUCGUCACCGUGCCACUCUCUAUCUUAUCCCGCUCUCUUCCUCCGUCGCGCCGUGUACGGAUCACAAACAUGGUGGCCGUGUCGGGGCCGAUUACGCCUGGGCAGGUGUCAUUUUUGCUUGGUUUUAUCCCAAUCUUUAUUGCAUGGAUAUACUCAGAGUUCCUGGAGUACAGGAAGUCUUCAACUCCUGCCAAAGUUCAUUCAGACAACAACCUGGAUGACUUAGGAAAGGAUGCCAUCAAAGAAGACGAUAGAGCAGUAUUGUUGGAAGGAGGUCUUACGAGAUCGACCUCAACGAAAUUCCAUGUUUCAUCCAUCAAAAUGAAUUUAAUCAGGUUCUUGACCAUGGAUGAUGCUUUCUUGCUGGAAAACAGAGCAACUUUGAGAGCAAUGUCUGAAUUUGGGGCACUUUUGGUGUACUUUUACAUAUGUGAUCGCACAAAUGUGCUGCCAGAUUCUACUAAGACAUACAACCGCGACCUCUUUCUGUUUCUCUACUUUCUCCUCAUUAUAGUAUCGGCAAUGACUUCAUUUAAGAAGCAUAGUGACAAGUCAGCAUUCUCCGGGAAAUCCAUUAUGUACCUGAACAGGCAUCAGACUGAGGAGUGGAAAGGAUGGAUGCAGGCCAUCAUGGUUUAUCUUUGGCUUCCUCUUAUUUGGCUACAGGUCCUAUUCUUAAUGUAUCAUUACUUUGCCGCGGCAGAGAUAUACAAUGCUAUACGAGUCUUUAUUGCUGCUUAUGUUUGGAUGACUGGGUUUGGAAACUUCUCUUACUAUUACAUCAGAAAAGAUUUUAGCGUAGCACGCUUUGCUCAGAUGAUGUGGCGGCUUAAUUUCUUUGUGGUGUUCUGCUGUAUUGUUCUUAACAAUGAUUACAUGCUAUACUACAUCUGCCCAAUGCAUACGCUUUUCACUUUGAUGGUGUAUGGAUCUCUGGGUAUCUUUAACAAGUACAACGAAAACAGUUCAGUGAUGGCAGUGAAAAUUCUUUCCUGCUUCCUUGCUGUAAUCCUGAUCUGGGAAGUCCCUGGAGUUUUCGAAAUCCUCUGGAGUCCUUUAGCAUUUAUGUUAGGGUACACUGAUCCUGCUAAGCCUGAUUUCCCUAGACUCCAUGAAUGGCACUUCAGAUCCGGACUUGAUCGGUACAUAUGGAUCAUUGGAAUGAUAUAUGCUUAUUAUCACCCGACUGUUGAAAAAUGGAUGGAGAAAUUGGAAGAAGCCGAAACAAAGAAGAAACUCACAAUCAAGACAGGAGUCGUGGCAGUUACUGUAUUUGUCGGAUAUAUGUGGUAUGAAUAUAUUUACAAAAUGGACAAGGUAACCUACAACAAGUUCCACCCAUAUACAUCAUGGAUUCCCAUCACUGUAUACAUAUCCCUGCGUAAUUUCACUCACCAGCUCCGGGGUUGCUCUUUGACUCUCUUUGCUUGGCUUGGGAAGAUAACUUUGGAGACCUAUAUUUCACAGUUCCACAUCUGGUUGAGAUCAAACAUGCCCAACGGACAGCCAAAGUGGCUUUUAUCAUUCAUCCCAGGGUACCCAUUGUUGAAUUUCAUGCUCACCACUGCCAUUUACGUCCUGGUUUCUCAUCGGCUUUUUGAUUUGACUAACACAUUGAAGUCGGUUUUCAUCCCAACGAAAGAUAACCGACGGUUGUUCUACAAUUUUGUCGCUGGAGCUGCAAUUUCAUUGUUUUUGUACUGUUUCUCACUUAUUCUUCUUCAGAUCCCUCAUUCGCCCGCCUAAGCCAGGGAAGGAAACUGGGGGAAAGUAUAGAGAGGUGUUUCUGUUGUUGAACAUACACAGAGUAUAGAUGGUCUGGAAAUAAGGAGAACUCAGAAAAUUAUGUUUGCUUCUCGGAUCCAUUUCAGACAAAAAGAGAAAAAGGGGGAUGCAGAUGACAGCAUAUUCUUUAGGACGAUCUUGCGGGAAUUUCUAUUUUCCUUAACAGUGUUUGAAGCUGAAGCUGGGGAUUGUGCUCAAAACUCCCAAGACUGGCUGGUGGAGUCACUGGCAUGAGACGAGACAAGAUGGAGAUUCUCUUUCUUUUAGAUCCCCAUUUUCAUGUAGGAAAAACCCAGAUUACAUUGUUUGAUACCAUUUCGGAAAAACUCCUGCUGUAGCCUUCUGUCGAUUGACUUUAAUACAUGAAUGAUAUUUUGCAGAAGUAUAUUUAGGAUGAUAAUAUGACAAAAGAAAAAUGAGGAUGAUAAUAUCAAGUUAAACUUUGCUGCAAACAAAACCCUAUUACAGAGUCAUCUGACGAAGCACUCAGAACAAAAGUCAGCUAUAAGUCAGCUGAGGUCGCGGGUUCACCAAAGCCGGCAUCUUCAAUCAGCAAUAACAUUAAUUCAUAAUUCUAAGUUUUUCUUUACAUGUUUUUCUUCCUCUUGUUCUUUCUAAAGUACUUGAUAAAACAAUCAGAGCCACCA